AGAUACCCUCACAUAAGUGACAAAACUUAAUGUUUGUACAACGAUAACGUAUCUAUUGAUAAAAUCGAUCCCGAGCCAGUAAUAAAAUUCUAUUAUUGAGUUAAACCGAAUCAUGACGAACGUCCAAGAGUCAUAUUAACAACAAAGAAAACUUGAUUCGAUUUAAAAACAGUUCGAAGUGUAUUUUUUUAUUAAAUAGUGCAGUUGAGAUGUGCUUUGUGCGAGAAAAAUAAAAUAGGAUGAGGAUGACGAAUGUAUUUUUUUUGACCAAUACAUUUAGGAAAAUAAUAAUGCGUCGGAGGAUUUUUGUAAUUCUACCGUUCUUGUUGGGAUUGGGAGUCACCAUUGUGGCCUGUAGAUGGACGGCCGCCGUUGUCAGCCACGUCCUCCUACCACCAGGUCCGCCGGAUCAAAACUUGGAGCAUUUCAUUAGGAAUAGAAGUUUAAGUCACUAUUUUGAUAAUAUUCAAAUCCUCAUAGAGCCGUCCGCGCCUUGCCCAGGGUCGGACAUUCCUGUGGUAGCGUUGGUAGCUACGACGCCAUCACGGUUUGACCAGAGACAAGCCAUCAGAGAGACGUGGGCUAAACGUGUGCUUACUUACUUCUUUAUGGGCUUGGAAGGAGGGAAAAUCGAUGAAAGUAUGGUAGAUAUCUACGUAGAAGCCAAGGAACACAGCGAUAUGGUAAUAUUGAACUUCCACGAACAUUAUCAGAAUUUAACCUUGAAGACUGGCUUCAUGCUGAAGUGGACUCUAGAGCGAUGUGCUAACGCCAAUUUCCUACUUAAAAUCGACGACGAUGUCUUCUUAAAUCCUUGGAACUUGGAGCAGGUAAUGAGGGGAAAGGAACGUCACAAAUUGAUUGGAUACAAAAUCAAGGAUUCAACUGUACACCGAGAUCAGUAUACGAAAUGGUACUUACCCCGGUGGCUGUAUAGCCGUGAUGUGAUCCCGGAAUAUCUGGCCGGACCGGCCUAUGUCGUAAAUACGAAGCACAUCGCGGAGAUUUUACAGGAAGCAAAGAAGACACCGCUGAUCAAUUUAGAAGAUGUAUAUUUUACUUAUCUAGUCUCCAGGGAAGGUUUGGACUUUGAAUUGACUCACGAAAGAACUUUCAGCCCGCACAAGCCCUUCCUGCUGUGCUCAUAUUGGAGCCUCACGACUGUUCACAGUGUAUCUGAUACAGAAAUGCUAAGCGCUUGGAAAAGUUAUAAUGACGACGCCAAACAAAAUAGUACUUUAUGUGGCUUUCGCUUUCCGCCGCUGCGAUGAACUAUGAGAAUAUUGUUUAAUUUCAGUGAUUUCUUAUUAUGGAAAUGAAUUGGUUAUUGUACUUAGAGGCAGAACUGACGGUAUGUACUAUUCCUCUGGUAAGAUCCGUCUCAUUUCCCUAAUUAUAUUAGAAUUGAGGGAACAAAUUCAUGUUAAGCAUCUAAAUAAUGGAAGCGUAUCGCAUAAGCUGCUAGUUUGUAAGGCCCCUUCGUGUAUUAAAUUGAAUAUUAAGUGUAUUAUCUAUGGUAUUAAAUUGGAAUUAAUGUGAAAAUAAACGUUACAGUGCCAUCUACCGGUAUAUUGUGAAAACUAUGUUGAAACUAUUUAAAAUUAAGUGCUUAAUUACGUAAAAUAUAAAAUAAAUACAUUAUAAAUUAAUGACAAUAAAAUAAUAUAAUAAUUUAAGAAUUAAGAUUAAUUGUACUGCAACAAUGCAACGAGUAGUUAUAUAAUAUAUUUCUGUAUAUAUUUCUCUAAAGAAAACUCAGCGUCAUUCAAACAGCCUAUAUUUCCACAUCAAAACAUUUUAUCGUCAUGAGGUAGAUGGUAGACGGCCGCAUUUAUGCAAUGAAAACAAUAACAAGCACUGGGCUUAUUUUAUAUGUAUAAAUAUCUACGAACAGUACGUAUGAGAUUCAAUUCUCUCGACGUAUGCGGUUUUGAACCUUAUUUUUGUUUUCACAUGUGCGUAAUUCCGUCACAGCGCGUAAUUAUAAACAAAUUAGAAGUUUAAUAAUAAACUGAAAAUAAAAUACCAUGUAUAUCUGAUAAGAAUCCUCAGUAAAAAUAUAUAUAUAUAUUAAAAUAUUUUUUCAUA